AUGAGUGUGAAGAGGAGCAUCCCGGUGGUGAGGCACAUCAUCAGGGACAGCGACCUGGCAACCAGACAGAAUAUAAGGCCUGUGGAUUUGAAUCGAGUUGUUAAUCUAAUAGAAGAUCGAUUCUCAUGCAACCUUGUUGAUAGACAUCUGCAUGCUUUGAAGAGGGUGGUGAAACGUUAUCAGUUUGGUUUUCCAAUUAAAGACUUGGUUCUAGUCUUUAAAAUUCUUAAUCUUUGUGCAGAAAAAGUAAAAGAUCAGGGUGCCUAUGUAAAGCCAAUAUGUGAAAUCCUCAAACUGUGUGGCUUACCCUUUCUAAAGGAGAAAUCAUCUGAUGAGUCCACCUUUGCCCAAGUUGUGUCAGAGUCUAUUUCGCAAAUGGGUUACUUACUGAGGGUAUGCAAUGCAGAGGUCCGAUUACAAAUCUGUGACUCCAUCAUGAGACUGUAUGCAAAAGACUCGCCCAGACAGGAAAUUGAAGAAUAUUAUCCAACAAGUAAAAGCUACAAUAUGCAAAUGAUUGAAGAGAGUGGUGUGGUAGAAACCCUGGUCAUGGGGCUUACCCUGGUUGAAAACCAACCAAAGGUCAAGUUACAAAUAAUCCAGACCUUGCAGUGUCUUUCACAUUCAUCUGCUGUGAACUGUAACCUGAUGUUGAAUGCACUGGCAGCAAAUAAAAUCUGCCGCAUCCUAAACGAUCCAGAUCCAACUGGCCAACUUUUGUUUUGCUCAUCUGAGGUCCUAUGGAACUUACUCGAACAGGCCUCUGAAAAGGAGCUUAUGAAUCAGCUGAGUGAUUUUGACUGUAUCUGUGCUUUGAAAGAAGUCUUUUUGAACCAAAUGAUAAAUGGUCAUAGCAAUUCCGAACGCCAGCUGCGAAACGAUUUGCUAAUAAUAACUACAAGUCUAGCAGAGCAUCCUAUGAUUCCAUUUAUUGAAACUGGCUUUACUAAGCUACUGAUAAUGUUUGCUGCAUUCCCUGAAGUAAAGAGCCAUAACCCAUUGGUUCAAGGCAUUAAAAUUUCCAGCAAUCAUGAAGAUUUUGAAAUGAAAAAAAUAUUCUUCAAUUUACUUGUUGCUUUGACAAAUGACCUUGCUUCUAUACAGCUGCUUAGUGAAGGAGGAGCACUACUAGCCCUGUUUCAUUAUGUUCAACCAAAUGAGAAUCCUGGAGUUCGGGAUUGGUCUCCUGCCCAGUAUGAAGAGCUUCAGCUUCAUGCCUUGGCUACUUUGAUCUCACUGGCUCCAGUCAUGGUGGAUGACUACAUGAAAUGCCAAGGAAAUACCCGUCUGCUGCUUCUGUUAGAUUGGUGCAUAAGUCAAAAUCCAUAUUAUGGUAAAGGCAAUUCAUUCCAUGCUACUGGUGGCCAUGGCAGUAAGAAAGCUCAAAUGCACUACUGUCUAAGACUCCUAAGAUCUAUGGCAUCCCUUGGUGAAGAGUUGGUAAACCAGAACUUACACGACCAAGGAGUUAUUUCUCAACUUCUAGAUAUUCUGAAAAUCAUGACGAACAGCUCAGAGGAAGAAACCAAACUCAAUUUGGAUAUGCAAACUGACAUCCUCAUCAUCUUAUCCAGCAUAUGUGAAAAUGAUAUUCAUAGAAAGGAACUUUUUGGUGCCUUUGGAGUAGAUAUUCUCAUCAAGCUAUUAAAGAUUGACCCAAAUAAGUUCUAUAGUGGCAUGGGUCACAACAAGCUAAUACUGGCAACAGUAGAUUGUGUCUGGUGCUGCAUUGUUGGGUGCUACACAGCUGAAGACAGCUUUCUUGAAAUGGGAGGCAUUUUUCUUUUCUUAGAUUUGCUUGAGGCAAGCCCAAAGCGCAUGCAUAGUUUGAUACUUGGAACCCUACUUGAGUUAUGCGACAACCCAAAAACGGCUUAUCACAUAAAUGUGUGGCGUGGAAAACAUGAUUCUACAGCAGCUAGUCUUCUCCUACAACUUUGGAGGGAAGAGGAGAAACAAAUGCGAGUCAAGCGGGAUGACCAUGGAAGAAUUUUAGAUAGCAAAAAACCUCUGGUUGGAAUUACACAGGAUGAAUAUGGAACAAUCACUUUACCGUCCAAUCGCCUCAGUCCUGCAGUAAUUGAUGUUGCUGAAAAUUCAAGGGUGAAAAUUUAUUCUAUUUUCUGCAAAUUAGGCUUUGAAGAUCUACCUGGUUUGUCUGCACAUGAUUAUGUCACACUUGCCAUUGUACAUCGAUACCUAGACUUCAUGGUAGGAUGCAUAUGGAGUGAAAUUGAGAAGGAAUUGAAGCAGGAAGCAGUCCAUCCAAUUGCAGUGGACAUCGACAGCAUGCAUAUUAUUUUGAAGCAUUAUGAGAAUCUUGGCAGACAGAUUGCUCACUAUCAAACUGAUAUACUUGAAAACCAAGAAAAACAGGAUAAAUACGAUGAACAGAAAAUGUACUCAGAGAUACAACACAACCACAAACAAACAGAAAUGUUCAAGAAGUCGUGGCAGGAGUAUGUGGCCAGAACAUCAAACUAUGAAAUCUUGAAGAAAGCUAAAAAGGAUCAAGAACGCAGCAUAGAAUUGUCCAAGGUGAAGAAUAAAAAUUUGAGUAGCAUUAUCCAUAAGACUGAAAUUGCAGGUUUACACACAACUGGUUUCUGGGGACGUUUCACGUCAAUCGAAAGCACAUCGAAGGAGUUACUAGGAGGUCCAUUUUCACCUCCAAAUCUUAAGAUAACAGGAACGUGCAGAGAUAGUCCAACAAUGAAAACUGGGGAUUCUGGAAGCAAACUUAAACAUACCUCAUGUUCUGUAUCUGUAAAAUGA